AUGUCAGAUGAACUGAAUCAAUUAUCAAAUACUGAUCCUGUUAAUCAAACUUUACUCACAACUCAAUCUCAAAAUGGAUCAAAAGAUCUGGCUGUAUGUGUUGAAGGUGCAUGGAAAAAUUAUGGUCAUUGGUGGAAAUCUAUGACAGCUUUACAUGAUGUUACUCUUCAUGUACCAACAGGAUUUAUAUAUGGUCUAUUAGGUCCAUCUGGAUGUGGAAAAACAACAUUAUUAAGAUGUAUUGUUGGUCGUUUACAAUUAAAUCGUGGUGAAGCUAUUGUACUUGGUCAUAGACCUGGUAGUCGAGGACAUCAAGUACCUGGCCGAGCUGUUGGUUAUAUGCCACAAGAAACAGCACUAUAUAGAGAAUUUUCAAUAUCUGAAAUGCUUCAUUAUUUUGGUCAUCUUCAUAAUAUGAGUAGAACAGAUAUAUUAUCACAAGAAGAAUUUCUUCUUUCAUUUCUUGAUUUACCUUCACGUGGAAAAAAAAUUGUUCAAUUAAGUGGUGGUCAACAACGUCGUGUAUCAUUAGCAUGUGCUUUACUUCAACAACCACAAUUAUUAUUACUUGAUGAACCAACUGUUGGUCUCGAUCCAUUACUUAGAAAAAAACUUUGGGAUCAUCUUAUUCAUAUAUCAAAAACAAGUCGAACAACAAUAAUAAUAACAACUCAUUACAUUGAAGAAGCAAGACAAGCUGAUAGAGUUGGUCUUAUGCGAAAUGGUCGAAUGUUAGCUGAAGAUGAACCAUCACGUUUGUUGAUUAAAUAUAAUCAAACGAGUUUAGAAAGUGUUUUUCUUUAUUUAUGUGUUGAAGAUCAAAAAAAUGUUCUUAAAAAUUCUACACAUAGUAUUAAUCAAGAUGUUCUAACUAAUAGUGCUUCUAAUGUUAAUAAUGAGAAUGUACCUUCACUUGAUGUAACAACUGGAGAAACUCCUCAUUCAGAAAUUCGUAGAAAAGAAUUAGUAAAAAAUCCUGUAUUACGUGCAAAACGAGCUGCAGUAGAUUGUUGUAUAUGUCCUCAUAUGCAUAAAAUUUAUGCAUUAAUGAUUAAAGAUUUAACAAUGAUCAAAAGAAAUAUUGGUUUUUUAAUUUUUCAAUUUUUAAUACCUCUAAUACAAAUUUCACUUUUUUGUCUUUGUAUUGGUCGUGAUCCUCAACACAUUCCAAUGGCACUUUAUAAUAGUGAAGCAAUCAAUGGAUUUCCAACAGGAAAUUUAAGUUUACAACUUUUAAAUAAAAUAAAUCCCGAACAAAUUCAUUUUACGUCAUUUAAUGAAUUGAAUCAAGCUAUUGCUGCUGUUAAACAAGGUCAUUAUUGGGGUGUCGCUGCUAUUAGAUUAAUUUCAUUGAAAACAGAUUCGGCAACAUUAAACUCAUCAUCCAUUCAUCUUUAUCUUGAUAUGACAAAUCAGCAAGUAUCUUUUGUUAUGCAAAAUGUCAUAUUAAAUAGUACUCAAUUAUUUUUAAAAGAUGUUUUAUCAAGUCAUAAAGUUGAUCCAGCAUUAGCUGAUCCACCUGUUAUAAUAGAAAAUCCAUUAUAUGGAGCAAAAGUUCAAAGAUUUUUAAAUUUUGCUGCACCAGGAAUGAUGAUAUCAAUAAUAUUUUUUUUGGCAAUUGGUUUAACAGCAUUAAUGUUUGUUGUUGAAAAAAAAGAAGGUCUAUUAGAACGUAGUUGGAUUGCUGGUGUAACAACAGUUGAAGUUAUGCUUGCUCAUGUUAUUGUUAAAUUUUUUAUACAAUUUAUUCAAAUUAUUCUAAUGGUUGUUUUUGCUGAUGUUAUUUUUCAAGUAACAAUUCAAGGACCUGUUUUAUUAGCAAUGGCAUUAAUUUUUGUUCAAGGUAUUUGUGGAAUGAGUUAUGGUUUAUUUAUAUCUGCUAUGUGUGAACAAGAAGUUGAAGUAAUGGAAGUAGCACUUGGAAGUGUUUUUCCUAUAUUACUUAGUUCAGGUGUAAUAUGGCCAUUAGAAGGCAUGCCACCCGUCAUGCGUUUUCUGAGUAAUUUCACUCCAUUAACACAUGUUGUUGAAUCAAUGCGAUGUAUUGUUUCUCGAGCAUGGACAAUAGUUUAUUUUAAAGUAUGGUUUGGAUUUAUCAUUUCUGGUGCGUGGAGUUGUGGCUUUUUUACAUUAGCUGCUAUACUUUUUGCACUUCGGAAAUAG